CGCUGCUAGUUCCGUUAUAACCACAGAGGACGGCGAAACGUCUACGAAAACCUGGGGAAGGUUAAAAAAAACGGUUUAAAAAAAAGUUAGUUCCGCUCUUAGCAUGUUUUCACAUGAAGAAAUCUGUUAAAAAGCGAAGAAGAAGUUUCCCCCCCCAGUGCGAGGACCCUUCCAACAUCAGAGGCGAUGCGAUGUGAGUGAGCUAUGCCUUUUAGAAAUGGACAGAUUUUAUCCAAGCGAAAACAUGGCGCCUCUUUCCCCAAGUUUGGAUUAUUUUCCAGUCUGCUCUUCACUCUCUGUUGCCUGGAGGCAUGGGGCUGGAGCCCGGCGCACGGGGACGGCGGCAGCGGGAGGAGUUGCGGGAGCCCGUGUCCCGGUAACUGUACCUGUGUUCUUGCACCAGGGUCCCGGGAAUCGUGCGUGGUUAAUUGCACGAACAUCGGUCUGGAGCGGGGACCAGCGGCGGGGGAUCUCCCACCGGGAACUAACGUCCUAGAUCUGUCCAGGAACCGUAUCUCAUCUCUGGAACCAAGUCUCUUUGAUCAACUCACCUCCCUACGAGAACUGUAUCUACAGGACAACAGAAUCAGUGUUCUCCCCAGAGGGGUCUUCUGCUCCAGACCCCUGUUCUCUAUACUAGAUUUGAGUAACAACCAGAUCACCACCAUAGAAGAAGAAAUAUGUGAUCAUUUAUUUAAUUUAACAGAAAUUGACUUAAGCAGCAACCCGUUUGUGUGUGACUGUAAGUUAUUUCGUCUGGUGAGCUGGCUUCAGGAGAGGGGAGUGCAGGUGCGUCACCCAGAGAACAUGCUCUGUGUCCAACCGCCUGACCUGAGACACCAACCACUACUCAACGUGUCACUGCUCACCUGCGGUCUGAACUAUGCAGCCUGUCUGGAGGACAGUGACCACAGUGGAGGAGGCAGUGAGCUGGUCAUCUUCUCUUCAUCCACGCCGGGUAACUUCUCCCGGGAGGAGUGUAACUCUGUGUGUUACGGGGCCUCCCAACGCUACGGGGGCCUGGGGGCGCGGAGGGAGUGUCUCUGCAGCACCAACUAUGAACCCAACCGCAUCAGUGAAGCUCAGUGCUCUGCUGCCUGCACCAAGCCUCACGUCAUGAAGGAAUGUGGUUGGACGUUGGCCCAUGACGUCUUUGUGGUGGACUUCGCUGCGUCUCUCCCUCCUUUCCCUCCCGUCAGCGUCCACUCCUCCGCUCAUCUGUCUAUCCUCUCUUCGGUGACCCCUGUCACCCUCUCCUGGGACUUCGGUGACCUUUCACCCCGAGUCAACGCUACGGAAACGGUCGACAUGACGACGCGUCAUAAAUACGCCGUACCUGGGCGCUACCCUGUCAGUGUCACCACCUGGGCCGGACCCAAGGAGGUGUGUGCACGCAGGGAGGUGAGAGUGACUCUGCCCCCUCGGUUGGAGCUGCACUGCCCACCGCUGACCGUAGCCAAUCAGAGCCUGGCGGUAAGACUGGUCAGCUGGGGGGGCGAGGGCGUGGCGGUGGACUGGAGGAUCACUAAGGAAGGACAGGAGGUUGUUAGAGCCACUCCAUACUGUCCCAGGGAUGCAGUGUUCCAAUGCAGUGUUACAGACUCGUCCCAGUGCUUCCAGUUGGUUCCAGGGGAGUUCAGCUGGUCCGAGGCCAGGCGACAGUGCUCCUCUACAGGGGGAGACCUGGCCGUGGUCCGCACUGACCCGCUACGCAUACGGCUGGCCGACAGAGUCACACAGUGUGUGUUCUCUACCCCCUACAGGGAGCGUAGUGUUUGGUUGGGUCUCAGUGACGUGGACUCUCCAGGCUCGCUGCGCUGGGUGGACGGAUCGGAGGCGCUGGAGGGCGAGGGCGGAGGGAGAGACCGGGCUACGCUGGUUCGGGGGAAAGUGUGUGUGUCUCUAGACCACACAGCUCUGCCCAGCUCACACCCCUGCAGCACUAAACGGGCCUACGUCUGCCAGUACAGCCCCCAAGUGCGUGUUCCUGAUGCGGGGGUGUACCUGGUGGGCUUGGCUGUUUUCCCCACCCACAGACCUCUCUGUAGCCCCGCCCCCACACCGCUCUCCUCCCCUGAACCACCAGCCAGGAGCAUAGAGCUCCUGUUGUUCCCAGCGUUGGGGUUUGUUCAGGCAGGUCGUGUGUCAUCUGUAGAGUUCAUCUGUCAGGAGCUGUCCUCACACACUCAGCUUGUCCUUCAGAUCUACAGACCUCACUGUGGCCAGCACCCUGGACUAACCCUGCUGCUGCCUGGAUGCGGUGGUCUCCUAUGUCAUCCUGUGGCUCUAUGCGUCUCCAUGGAGCCCAGCACCUCCACCCCUUUACCAUCCACGUCCUGCCCUCCUCCCGAGCAGUGGUGCCCCUUCCUGGGCCGCUGCCUGCCCCUAGCCAGCCCCUGCCACCCUGGAUCCUGUGCCAACUGUACCCAGGCAGACACUCUGCCACCCGGGGCGCUGCGUCCCAGCUACAGCCUGGUGGAUGAGGUGGUGGUUACACUGCCUGCUGGACCUGUUGCACACAUACUGGUGAGGGAGCGCGUCGAGGACCUGCUGGUCUCGCCCGGCGACAUCAUCGGCCUGCAGCACGACGCCGGCCCCGCCUCCAUGCUCCGCUGCGACCCUUCACCCCAGUCGCCGUGGCGACAGCCAAUCCUGGCCCUCAACCAAUCUGACUGGCUGUGGGCCAACUCCAACCAAUCCGAAGGUUCCGUGGACCUGGACCAGAGCGUUGAAAUAACCCUGGAGGAUGUUCGAGGAGGAGUCUGGGCUGCGGACGUGGUCUGCCCGAUCAGGGUGCUCUACGUUGGGCAUAGUGAGACCCAGCUACAGGGGUCCCAGCUCUCCUCCGGCCUCCCCCAGCCGGGGCUCUAUAGCCUGGAGGUGACCUCCGACGACCCUGCCUUCCCCGUCAUGGCGUCAUGUCCCAUCCGCGUGGUCCCUCCCUUGGGCCUCACCGUCCUCCACCCCCCCUCUCAGAACGGAACCUACUACUUCAGACCCAACCAGGCGGUGGUCCUGCUCCGAGUCCACUCCCAGUACGGAGCCAAAGUCCACUGGCAGGGAAGCAACCAGAGUGUCCUCUUCCAGAACCACUGCCCCCCUGACUUCCUGCCCACUGUGGGGGAGUGUAGAGGGGCAGGCAGGGCAGGAGAACCAGGGAGAGGCGGGGGGAACCAGAGCCACAGUCUGUUUGCGGUGAUAGAUCUGGGGCUCGGGGAGGAGAGGGGGCCGGUGGUGGUGAAUCUGUCAGCACACAGCGAGGUGACGGAGGCCAGUCUCAGCCUGUUGGUGGGGGUGGAGGAACCUCUGAGAGGUCUGGUGGUCCAGCCUCAUCCCAGACACAGAGUCCUCAUGGAGUCAGUCGUGAGUUAUACUGGUGCUGUAGAGGGAGGUUCCAGCCCAACCUUUAAAUGGACGGUGGAUGAUAAGCCCUACUUCACCUACUACAACACCGUGCUGAACAUCAUAUACCAGAACCCAGCUGUCUACAAACUAUCGGUGACGGCGAUGAACCAUGUGAGCAACCUGACGGACCACUUCAACGUGACGGUCGACCGUAUGAACCCCAUGGUCAACCUCACGGUCACCGGCGUGCCUGGCGUGGUCACGCAGGGCUCGGACCAGUUCCUGACCACCUCCGUGGUCCUGGAUGUGUCCGUGGACGCCACCUUCCGGUGGUCGUUUGGAGACGGAGGUUACCAGGAAUAUGACUUUAAACCUCCCUACAACACCUCCCUGUACCCUCCCCUACCAGACUCUCCUACACAGGUGCUCCUGCCCAACAAAGUCAAGUACAAGUACCAACAGCCAGAGCAGCAGGACCAACAGCCCGCCCUUCUGUUCUCCCAGGUCUAUUUCUUUAUCCAAUCAGAGCAGCAGGACCAACAGCCCGCCCUUCUGUUCUCCCAGGUCUAUUUCUUUAUCCAAUCAGAGCAGCAGGACCAACAGCCCGCCCUUCUGUUCUCCCAGGUCUAUUACUUUAUCCAAUCAGAGCAGCAGGACCAACAGCCCGCCCUUCUGUUCUCCCAGGUCUAUUUCUUUAUCCAAUCAGAGCAGCAGGACCAACAGCCCGCCCUUCUGUUCUCCCAGGUCUAUUUCUUUAUCCAAUCAGAGCAGCAGGAGCAACAGCCCGCCCUUCUGUUCUCCUAUUUCUAUGGGCACAAGCACUGUUCAUGA